GUGCCAUCUCCCCCCACACGCUCCACCUCCACUUCCCAUUUCCCGCCGCCUCCUUUCCUAAAAAUCUACACAAAGAUUCGUAGCAAAACUCCCAAAUCCCCCACCUCCCGUUUCCCCACCCCAAUCCCCUCCAAGAAACCCUCGCCCCCCUCGCCUCGCCGCCAUGGGCAGCGCCGCCUCGCCGCCGCGGGCCCUCGACGCGGCGACGCAGGAGGACCUCAAGCGCGUCUCCGCGCACCGCGCCGUCGACAUGGUGGAGUCCGGCAUGACGCUGGGGCUCGGCACCGGCUCCACGGCCGCGCACGCGCUCGACCGCCUCGGCGACCUCCUCCGCACCGGCGCGCUGCGCGCGGUCGCCGGGGUGCCCACCUCCCUCAAGACGGAGGCGCACGCCGCGCGCGUCGGGAUCCCCAUGCUCGCGCUCGCCGACGCCGCCGAGAUCCACCUCUCCAUCGACGGCGCCGACGAGGUCGACCCGGACCUCAACCUCGUCAAGGGCCGCGGCGGCUCGCUCCUCCGCGAGAAGAUGAUCGAGGGCGCCGGCGCCCGCUUCGUCGUCAUCGUCGACGAGUCCAAGCUCGUCCCCCGCCUCGGCUGCACGGGCGCCGUGCCCGUCGAGGUCGUCCCCUUCGGCAGCGCCUACACGCUCGGCCUCAUCCGCAAGGUGUUCGACAAAUUGCCGGGCUUCCACGCCAGGCUCAGGACCGUCAAGUCCAAGGCCAGCGACCGCCAGGAGGAGCUCUUUCUCACCGACAACGGCAACCACAUCGUCGAGAUGUUCUUCGAGGACGGCAUACACGGCAACCUGCGCGACAUCAGCGACAGCCUGCUGCGCAUCACGGGCGUCGUCGAGCACGGCAUGUUCCUCGGCAUGGCCACCAAGGUGAUUGUCGCCAAGAAGGACGGCACCGUGGCGGUCCUCAGCAAGAAGUAGCCGCCUGGGGAAGAGUCUGCAGAGGAGAUGACAAUAAGCCAAGAUUGAAGCUGUUCUUGCUCCUGCGGUGAACUUGCUCUACGUUACUGUUACAGCGUUUCCUCCUAUUCAUGGGUAAUGCGAUGGUGCCCAGCUUAAUGUGGUGAAGCUAAUAAAUUUUGGACUUCGCUCCAUAAUGUUAUCAAGUCAGUUUUGUUCA